AGCCCAUCGGAGGAAAGGGGGAAGGGGAAUAUUAAACGAAGGUGAGGUUCGACUUUGAGUCUCAGUUCAAGUUCACGCGUUCGUCUGGCUGUAGCCAUGCCUCGUUUAACUUUUCUGGUUGUUUUCACGGUAUUGAUGGUUGCGGUUGUUGUCGCUUUUCCGCAACCCAACAGCGACGAUUCGCCGGCGGCUGUGGUGGUUGAGACUCCGGCGGCCGAUACUCCCGACGCUUCCGCACCUCCGGUUGAAGGCGAAUCUGUCGACUUGCGUUUUCGUCCAUCUUAUGGGUACGGCGGUCAACAGUACGGCAGUAAUUAUUACAGCAGUGAGCGAUACGAAAGCCAUCACUCAAGUCAACAGUACGGACACCAAAAUUAUGGACAUCAGAAUUAUGGGCACAACGCUUACGGCAAUUACGGACAUGGGGGAUACGAUCGCCCCUACGGACACGGUGGAUACCCUGGGGGAUAUGGCUAUUACGGACGGCCUCAAGGUAUUUUGGGCGCGGUAGGAAAUGUGCUGGACGGAUUGUUGGGCUUGCGUGAAGGAGAAAAGAAACCGGCAGUGGAUGGCGACGCUUCGGCUGCUCCGGUUGUUGCAGCGGAGGCGGCGCCGGAAGCCGUCGAUCCUGUUUUUCCUGAAGCCGAUUCCGUUCCCCAAAUUCCCGUCGAGGUUGGUGGUAUUCUCCCCCAACCCGCGUUACAAUCACAAGGCGUUCCCUCGGCUGGUGAAGAAGUGAUUUUCCAAUAAUCAAAUGGCCCCACGCAUUGUUAUAUUCAGUUUUCUCUGUAUCGUUGGCAUAUUUAAAAUAUUACUGCUUCAAACAGCA